AUGGCGAUCGGAAUGGGCACACCGGAAACCUCCACCAGGGUGCCCGCAUGGAAGCGACUCGGCCUCAAGCUCAAAUACGCCAAAGACAACAUCGACGAGAACUCUGACAAAACCUCAAACUCCACGAACACGUCAACAACACAGUCGCAAUUGCAUAAGGUGAAGAAAAGGUCUUUUGAAGACACAGAUCCAGAGACACCAGCCAAGCGCGCAAAGCCGGUGCCAGCUCAAUCAACCCACAGCAUUCCCUCGAGGCAAUUUGGAGCAUAUCCUACGAGAGACAGCGGCGUCCCACCUGAGAAGUCGGACUCGUUCUGGAGCUACAACAAGGCCGUUCCUGCUUCCACUAAGACACCGAAGAAAAUUGUGUUUGAUGACGACGGGUAAGUGGGUUUUGUACUUUCAGAAUCCGGACCCGAGGAUACACUCCCUUCGCUUUCCCGGCCCAUGUCAAGAAUUUACCCUACCUCGACUCAGAGAAUGAAAAGUCAUGAUGCUGAUUUCUGGUGUCCAGUUCAAACGGCGUGGGCAACGACGAGCAGGCAGACUUGAAAAAGGGUAGACCGGCAUCAUUACGAAAGUCUGUCUCCUUCACGCCUGACACCAAGGCAGAAGACGGCUUCUCAGCAUCCAACUUUUUCAAAGCCUGGGCUGCGGAACAGAAAGCAGAAGGCACCGAAGAGUCAACCGAGCAGCCGGAGUCACCAUCCAAGGAGGCUAAGAAGCAAAAGAAGAAGAAAGCAAACAAGUCGAAGUCGACUUCGUUAGAACCCAAGGCGAAGGCGAAGGCGAAGAGCGAAUCCAGCAAGUCCACCGAAAAGUCCAACGACGAGGACGAAUCGCCCAAGGAAGUCCCGCACUACGUUCACUAUCUGCAGCAGUACUACACCGACCGGGACCACUGGAAGUUCAACAAAAACUCACAAAAGGAUCUCUUUAAAAACCUCUUCAACAUCUCCCGAAUACCACCGGAGCACAAUCGGGCCAUUAUACAAUACAUCAAAGGUCUUCAAGGAGCAGCUGCGCGGGAGCGGAUCGCUCAAGAAGCAGAGGACAUUCUCAAGGAGAUCUGGCUUGCUCAGAAUCCCGGCGACGAGUCCAUGUCUAUGGAAUCUGCCGCCGUUCGCAGACUUGCGUACUACCGAGCGCUCGAGAAGCAUGUGGAACGCUAUAUUGCGCUGGGAAGCCCGAAAACCGAAUAUAUCGAUCAACAAGUGGAAGAUUUGCGCCGGGAGGUGGAACGCGGGAGGCGUGCGGAGUCGAUUCUGUUGGAAGGACUCGCGGAUGCAAUCUCUCGGGAUACAAGUUCGUCUGGUAGCACUUCUACAUCACUGCCGCCGCCGCCGCCUCCACCACAGUUCUCAGCGGCAAUAGGGUCGUCACUAGAAAAGACGGCCAGCCAGAUACCAAAGGGCAAAAGGAAACGCAAAGCGCGAACGGACGUCUCUUCGGAUUCAUCUUCUUCAUCCGAAGACGACAGCGACACUUCCUCCUCCAGUGAAAGCGACUCCGAGAGCGACUAGCAGUCCUCCCAAGUCCCAGCUCCACUCGAAGCAGCAGAAACCCCACCCACUACUACUACCACCCACGACUAUCCCCUCCCCCUCCCCCCCGGCGUCCGCCCCUACAUCGACCCCAAACCCUGGAAAUGUCUCGACAUCGACUGCGACUCCGAAGGCUUCGUCUCGCGCCCCGGCCGCGACACGCACGUCAAACGCCAACAUCCCUCCCUCGAGCUCGCGCGCCUCCGCGCGGACGAAGAGAAGUCCCUGCCUGCCCACAUGCUCAUAAGGCCCUGGAAGUGUGAUCGCUCCGGCUGCGCGCGCUCCGGCCGGGGGUUCCAGUGCAGAAGGGAUUUGAGGGCUCACGUCAAAGCCGUGCACGAGCGGCCUCGGGCGUCGUCCGAUGAUGCGCCCGACCGGAAGAAUAUCAAGCCUACCGUCACCGGCAUCGGCAUCGACAGCACGAGCGCCGCGAAUGAGAAGAAGAAAGCCCUCGGAUUCCUGCAAGACGACGAUGACGAAGUCGAUGCGGAAUCCGAAUCCGAUGUGGAGAAGCCGAAACGUGCACCGAAGAAGCAGAAGGGCAAGAGAAAAGCGCGGAGGAGUGAGAAAAGCUUUGGUGGCUUCACAUCCGCGCUGCUCAAUGAAGUGCGGGAUCGUGGUGAUAUGUAA